GAGACCAGGGUAAAGCAGUCAACCAUUUUGUUUUCAAGCACAUUGGAGAGGGUUGCUUAUUUUUCUUUCUUUAUAAUGAUCAGGGACGUUCCUUGGAAGAAAUCCAAUUGAUUUUCAGCGGUGCUCUUAUUGAUCAACGACCUGAUGCCCAUCAUCCUACGACAGCAGCAGAAGCUUUGUUGCAUCUAGAACAAAUUCAACAUAGAGAUAAACGACAUCAGCUUUUAGAUAGAGCAAAUUCUUUGGCUGCAAUCAAUUCUGCACCUUCAGAGACAGAUGAAUUAACCUCAUCCGCUGCAAGGCAAAAAAGCUGGCCCUCUGAUAUGGCAGUAUCUGAGCCGGUCAAUGUAUCGAGAGCUUUAAAUCAAGUUUUUCAUCAGGCUAAAACAACGGCAAACGAGCUUACAAAUCGCACUGAGAGCAUGGAUCCAAGCAAGAAGAAAAAGAUGGCGAACGAAGAAAAAGACACGAUAGAGCCAGUGCCAAAUCGACGACUUCCAUCUGGCACUUUUCCAGUACAAAUUAAGGAUGAGCUUACAACGGCUUCGAACACUGACAAUCCUUCGAGUUUGGAUAGGCCGAACUACAGGAGGAGGAAUAGUAGACGAUCCAACUGUGAUUCAGAUCCCUCAAUCGAACAUAUACCAAUGGAGACAUUAUUUUCUGAAAAUACGACUGCAUCAGACGACACUUCCAUGAUGAGUACAAUUCCUGAAAUUGCCAGCCAUACUGCUUCUUCUCAUUCGAACAAUCCAUACCAUCCUACCCGUAGCAGCAGUGAUACGCUACAGACAUCAUCCAUAGCAGGGCCCUCUAUCCCUGAACCAUUCUCUUUAACGACACCGACCAAUAAUGGACAUCAUCCUCUCCAACAAUCACCAAAACCACAGCAAACCAGCGUCAAAGAAAUCCAAUCUGUUAUCAUUUAACAGCUCAACUUUCUGUAUUUUUAUUGUACAUAUAUUCCACACUGAAGAAAAGAAAAAUAAUCUUAGAUUUGGUUAAGCCUUAUAGACAUCGUUUACUGUUUUUACUAUUAUCCCACUAAUAACAAAAUGUAAUAUAUUAUUUGCUUAUAAUCAAUAUAUGAAUUUUUUCCCAAUAUUUGCAAAAGCAUCAAGUUAGAAUCGCCUAUACUCAGAAAUGCGCUU